UCUCUCUCUCUCUGAGACACACACUCCCUCAGUGUAAUGUAGGACCCACUCAGAAAUGGACAUGAAACUCUUCAUCUUAUCAGUUGUUCUGGGGUUUGCAAGAGGACAAGGGGAACUAACCGUGUCCCUGUUCCCAGGGUUCCCCCCUCAACGUCUGUACGUGGGUGAUGAGGUCACUCUGAGGUGUAAGGAUGGUGGCUCUAUUCUCACCAGUGAUGUAAAAUGGAAGAAAGGUGGAGUCCAGCUCUCUGACAGCAUUAAUAAUGGCAAGUUAGAAAUUCCCGUGGUGACGCCGUUGGACUCGGGGACGUACACCUGUGAGAGUGGAAGCAAGAAGAGUAAGGACAUGGAGAUCAGAGUUCUGGACAUGCUGCCCCUGGCGUCGCUCUCCGUUCUAAACAGAGGGAGGACUGUUCUGGGUAAAGGAGGGGCGGUUCUCAUGGAGCUCUACGUGGAGGAGGGGCUGAAGGACUGGUGGUGUCGUUAUACAGAAGGUGACGGUGAAAAUUGGCUCCCGUUACUGCCAGACAAGUGGACGAACAGCAACCGCAGUGUGGUCAUACACGCUGAAGUCGGCCAGGAAGGCAGCAGGAUCUUCUGGUGCAUGAACAUCAAGGCGACACCAAAGGAGCAGCGUCCACGCAGUAACGCCGUCAAGCUCACAGCUACAGAGAAAAUGGUGAUGCUGCAGAUAUCCCAAAGGCCAGCGUGGUCGGGUGAAACGGUCUCUCUGAGCUGUGACGUGUGGGGCGGCGCACAUGUGGAAAAUGCCGUGUUUUAUCAGGAUGGAAAAGAAGUCCAAAAGGGUUCCAAGGACACAUAUGACAUCCCGAAUAUCGCCAAGGACAGCGAAGGCGAAUACACCUGCAAAGCCACCUACAAGUUCACCCACAUCAAUCCAGCUGCAGCAGAGCGUAGCAACAUGCCCUCUGAUCAACAGGUUCUCAGAGUCAUAGGAGAUGUGUUAGAUGGCCCUCCUCUGGCCCACCUGGACUGUAACACUCUGACCUGUGAGUGCCAGAAAUGUAGUAAUCCUGGUUCCUACCGCUGGCAUCACAUCCCCCAGGGACAAACACGAACAGUGGUACUGGAGGAGUCUGGCUAUUACAUCAGCUCUAGGAGGGCUGGGAAGUACACCUGCUCUGUCAAAAUCCCGCCAAAUGGCCAGUCCCGCCACAGCAACGAGUGUAUCCUGAAAGAGGAUGAAGGCGAUGGACCCAACCUCAUGGUGCUUGUGGUGGUGGUGCUGUUUGUCGUAGGGUUGCUGUUUCUGUUGCUGGGACUGUAUAAAUGUAAAAGAAACAAUGAUCAGAAGAGUAAGAGACAGAAGAAGAUGGAGGAGGGUGCAGACGGAGGAUACGAGGAGGUUGGCACUGAGAAGAAAGGAGCUGGAGCAGAGGGCGAGUACGAGCUCCUCAAGCUCAGCACUGAAGAAAAAGACAAAGCCCAGUAUGACACCCUGAAAGGUCAGAGUAAGGGUCAGGGUGAGGGAGGGUAUGAAGCUCUAAAGGUUGGUCAAGCUGGGGCUGAUGUUUACCACACUCUAAAGGAACAAGGUCAGGGAGAGGGCGGGUACGAGGCUCUGAAGACAGCUCAGGCUGAGGUCUACCACACCCUAAAGGAAGGUCAGGAUGAGGGAAAGGGGGAAUACCAGGCUCUGAAGACCGGGGAGGGUGAAACUACAGUUUACCACACUCUAAAAGACCAGGCUAAGGGUCAGGCUGAGGGCAAGGGGGAAUACGAGGCUCUGAAGACCGGGGAGGGUGAAACUACAGUUUACCACACUCUAAAAGACCAGGCUAAGGGUCAGGCUGAGGGCAAGGGGGAGUAUGAGGCUCUAAAGACUACUCAGGCUCAGGUCUACCAGACCUUGGGCCAAAAACAGGAGUCAGGACAAGCGGAGGGGCAAAAGGCAAAAGAGGAAAGUCCAUACGAGGAACUCAAAGCUGAAAAAAAGGAGAAAGAGUGAGUGACCUUAAAAGGCCCUUUAUUUAACCACUGUUUGAGGGCAUUAAAAAUAGAAGGUAAAAAAAGGACCCAAAGACAAUUUGUCACCACUUAAGCAGCAAACCAUGUGGUUCAAAAACGAGCAUGAGACACUUUUCCAUAGACACUUUGCUCUUUGAACAUAUUAGCAGCCUUAAAGAUUAAUUCCAACAAAGUGUCUAAAUAACCCAGUGAGUGAGGUGUAAUCAGAGAGAUUCAGAGGGUUUGGUGUGAACUGGUCCAGACGUCUUUACAGUGGUGGUGAUGGGAACCAGGCGUCGCCAUGACUACAACACAGAUAUAGACACUU